GUGUGUUCUGGUGAGAAGACAGCGCUAAAUCGGAUCGGAUCACUACUCUAGCUGGCUUCUUGCUUCCUGGAAGGAUCCUUUCAUUAAGAUAUAUCGCCGCCCUUUCAUUCUGCUGAUUGCUGCCUGACCACCUCCUUAUAUACUAGAAACCGCACAUAGUUCUUCUAUGUAUGCUUCAACGCCAGCCCGCCUCUUUGGUCUCCAUUUUCUCCAGCGCUUCUCUUCCCACCCACAGGUACAACCUUUAGCUGCUCCUUCUGGGGUUUCUUUCUUUUUCAUUUCUUGGCAAUUGAUCAUGGAGGUCUAAGGUUCUUGAGCUUGCAAUAUUCUUUUUGGCUUCGGUUUCUUAUUUCAUAAUUUUACUUCAUCGAUAUCCUCUUUGCUGUUGUUAGUUUCUGUUUUUGUGUUGAAGUUUCAGAAAAAUUUUACCCUUUCUUGGAUGCAAGAAGGAUCAUCUUCAGUUCAAGUGUUCUUGGUCAUAAAUUGUAUUGGAGUUGAAUCUUUUUCUUCAUUUAACUCAGAAUUCAUCUAUUAGAGCUGUUCUUGGUGGUUUUGACUUUUAGGCAUAGAUAGAUUAUCAUGGAUCCUAAAUACACAGUAAUUGGUGAACAAUCCAUCUUUCCGAACUCUGAUCGACACCCAGAUGACGAAAGUGGAUUUAAUUUUGAUAGCCCUUCCUCUGAUCUUAAUUUCGUGAAUGUUCUGUCUGAUUCCUCUGAUUUUGUUGCAAAUGAUUUGGGUCUGUCCUUUGCCUUUAGUCCUGGGGGAGAGUCAUUUAUCCCAGAGUUUAGUCCAGGGGGAGAAUCUUUUGAACCUUCUCCCGGCAGUAGUCCGGAGGGAGAUGCUUCUUCUCCCUCUACUGAUACUGAUUCUUCAGAUCCAGUACUCAAAUACAUAAGCCAGAUGCUUAUGGAAGAGAACAUGGAAGACAAGCCCCACAUGUUUUAUGAUCCGUUUGCCCUAAAGGCCACAGAGAAGUCAUUGUAUGAUGUGCUUGGUGAGGAAUAUCCUUCAAUCAAUUCCCCCCAGCUCCAUAUCAACCUCGAGAGCCCUGAUAGCAAUCUUUUGGGUAGUGGUAGUGAUUUUGGUGGGAUUACUAGCAGUAGCCCUAGCACUGGCACUGCCACCAGUGAUUUUGUUGAUCCUCAGUUGGUUGGUUAUGUUGGAGAAUCAAAUUCAGUUUUGUUGCAAACCUAUAUUCCCUAUGACUACCAUUUGCAGUCCAAUUCACAUUCCAGUUCUCAAUUUUCGGUGAAUUCUUCAAAUGGUCUGCCUGAUAUUGGCCAUGGUCUUAUGAGUUCUUCUGUGAGUGAGAUGUUGCAGAAUAUGUUUAGUGAGACAGAAUCUGUGCUGCAGUUUAAGAGAGGUUUAGAGGAAGCUAGUAAAUUCCUUCCUAAAGCUAGUCAACUAGUUGUUGAUUUAGAGAGUAAUGCAUUCGCCACUGGACAAAAGGAAGAGGCUCCAGUGGUUAUAGUGAAGGAGGAGAAAAUUGAGAGGGGGAGCUCGCCAAAUGGCUCAAGGGGUAGGAAGAAUCACGAAAGAGAGGAUUCAGAUUUAGAACAAGGGAGGAGUAGCAAGCAGUCUGCAGUAUAUGUGGAAGAGAGUGAAUUAUCGGAAAUGUUUGAUAAAGUAUUGCUUUGGCCGAUGUUGAAAGGUAAACAAUGGUGCUGUGGCCCUGAAGUCAAGCAGGAUGAAGCAAGCCAGAUCCCAAAGCAAAAUGAAAAAUCAAAUGGAUCAAAUGGUGGAAAGUCUCGUGCUAAAAAACAGAGCAGGAAAAAAGAAACAGUGGAUUUGAGGAGUCUACUGAUUCUCUGCGCACAAGCUGCCUCGGCAAAUGACUUCAGAACUGCAAAUGAGCUCCUGAAACAGGUUAGGGAGCACUCUUCCCCUUUGGGUGAUGGGUCUCAGAGACUGGCUCAUUACUUUGCCAAUGGUCUUGAGGCACGCUUGGCUGGCAGCGGGACUGGAAUGCAAGACUUCUACACUUCUAUUGCUUCAAGGAGGAUGACUGCUGCUGAUAUGUUGAAAGCUUACAAAACUCAGCUUCAUGCCUGCCCAUUUAAGAAGCUCUCAAUACUAUUUGCAAACAAAAUGAUAUUGCAUGCAGCUGAAAAUGCAACAACUCUUCAUAUUGUAGAUUUUGGUGUCCUAUAUGGUUUCCAGUGGCCAAUCCUUAUCCAGCUUCUCUCAAUGCGGCCUGGUGGGCCUCCCAAGCUGCGGAUUACAGGGAUAGAGCUGCCCCAACAGGGUUUCCGGCCAGCAGAAAGAAUUGAGGAGACAGGACGUCGCUUGGCAAAGUAUUGUCAGCGAUUUAACGUUCCAUUUGACUACAAUCCUAUUGCUGCUCAAGAAUGGGAAAAAAUCCCAAUUGAGGACCUUAAGAUUGAUAGCAAUGAGGUGCUUGCUGUGAAUUGUCUGUGUAGGUUUAAGAACCUACUUGAUGAGACAGUUGAAGUGAACUGCCCAAGGAAUGCUGUUCUUAACUUAAUUCGGAAGAUAAAACCCAACAUUUUUGUUCAUGCUAUCAUUAAUGGAUCCUACAAUGCUCCGUUCUUCGUCACACGGUUCCGGGAGGCACUUUUCCACUUCUCCUCUCUGUUUGAUAUGUUUGAUUCUACUAUACCUCGUGAGGAUCAAGAGAGAUUGAAGUUUGAGAGAGAGUUUUGUGGGAGAGAGGCCAUGAAUGUCGUAGCAUGUGAGGGCAUGGAAAGAGUUGAGAGGCCAGAAACCUACAAGCAGUGGCAGUUUCGGACUACAAGGGCAGGGUUUAAGCAGCUCCCGUUGGACCAGGAGGUCAUGGAAAAGUGUAGGGAUAAGAUGAAGGCAUGGUACCACAAGGAUUUUGUGAUUGAUCAAGACAGCAACUGGAUGCUGCAGGGAUGGAAGGGUCGAAUAAUCUAUGCUUCCAGCUGUUGGGUGCCUACAUAAGAAUUUUUUUUGUUGCAUCUCAUUUGCAGGUGUAAUAGAAAACUACAAGUUCAUCUGGAGCUGGGUAGGUUUGGAUAAUUGCAGAUUUGGGGAAAGAUACUAUAGUGCUGCCUGUCUCUUACAGAAGAACCUUAUGCAGAUGGAGAAUUCUCAUAUUAAAGCAUUAACUUGACUUUCAAUUAGUGCAUUUGAUGGUUGGAGGCCUGUCAAUCAUGGUGUGAAAUGAGAAGUACCUAUGACCUGGACAUGAUUGCCUUUUUUGAGCAUUGGAAAAGCCUGAAACCCUCUGUUUAGGUGACUGUAAUAUAGAUCAAUAGAGGCUACUGGCUUUUUUUUUUUUUGGGAAAUUUAUAAUGGAAUUAUGGGUUUUCUUUCUUGAAGUUAUGGCGAUCUUAGAAGGUUUUGAACCUUUGUUUUUGCUUGUAAAAUCCAUGACUUUGGAUGUAUCUUUAUCUGAUGAAUCAAAGUAGCUAGUGAGAUUUUUGGA